UUAUUAUAUUAUUAUGUGACCGUACGGCCGCACAAGAAUAUAAUGAAUCGAUCUCCACACACAGCUCCUUGGAGUUGUUUGUUGUAUUCCCUUUCCUUAUUCUAGAGUGAGAAACUACAGACGACAAAGAUGAGUCAACAGCUGUCUUCGAUGAAUACAACGUCGGAGCAACAGACGACGACUGACGUCAACCGCCACAAGUACUUCUCUCUCUUCGCCUCCGAUCAACGUGACUUCCUUCUAUCUCCUACCGGUGCUCAGAUAAAGAUUUCGGAUCUUGAAGACAAAACUGUGGGUAUUUACUUUUCUGCCAAUUGGUAUCCACAAUGUCAAACUUUUACAAAACUCUUAAUUCAAGUAUAUGAUCAAAUCCAAGCUAAAAAAGAUUCAAAAUUUGAGAUCAUCUUUGUAUCAUCUGAUGAAGACUUGAAUGCAUUCAACAACUUCUAUCAAUCAUACAUGCCAUGGCUUGCGAUUCCAUUUUCGGAUUUAGAAACUAAAAAGGCAUUGAACAAAAGAUAUGAUGUUGAGGGGAUUCCAUGCUUGGUCAUAUUACAACCCCAUGAUGAUGCGAGUGUGUUGCAUGAUGGAGUCGAGUUGAUUUAUCGUUACGGUGUCGAUGUGUACCCUUUUACUAAUGAGAGGUUGGAUGAGUUGUUGAGGCAAGAGAAGGAGAAGCAUGAACGGCAAACUUUGGUGAAUUUGCUCACGAAUCAUGAUAGAGAUUUUGUUUUGGCUCAUUCGGCAUCUAACCAGGUGGUAUCAGUUUCUUCCUUACUGGGCAAGACUAUUGGGCUUUACUUUUCGGCCCAGUGGUGCCUCCCAAGUCACAAAUUUACUCCCAAGUUGAUCUCCAUUUACCAAAAGAUAAAACAAAACAUAACCCAACAAGAGUUUAACGGAGACUUUGAAAUCAUCUAUGUCUCGACUGAUCACAACGAGCUAGAAUUUAAGUCCUCGUUUAGCGUUAUGCCAUGGCUAGCCCUCCCGUUUGGCGACCCGACCAGUAAAAACCUAACCAAGUACUUUGAUAUAAGAGGCAUUCCAAGUUUGAUCAUUAUAGGACCAGAUGGCAAAACAGUUACAAACAACGGAAGAAGUUUGAUUAACUUGUAUGAAGAGGAAGCGUACCCUUUUACUGAGGCUCGGGUUGAGCUAUUAGAAAAGCAGAUGGAUGAGAAUGCAAAGAAUCUCCCGAGCGUGGAGCUACAUUCGGGCCAUCGCCAUGAACUCUCCUUGGUGUCUCAAGGCAAUGGCGGGGGCCCCUUUAUAUGCUGUGAUUGUGAUGAGCAAGGUUCGGGUUGGGCUUACCAAUGCUUAGAUUGUGGGUAUGAAGUGCACACCAAGUGUGUUAGGCCGGUCGACUAGACGUUGGCUUUGGUGAAUGAGUGCAUUACAGUGGCAUUUGAAAACCUUAUUAUAAAUGUAUAAUUGGUUAUGGGUUGAUUGUAGAUUUUGGAAGGACUAAUUGUGUAUAACAAUAAUCUUGAAUUUAUAUUGUCCCCAUUUUGUGCUUUUC